CCGCCGCUGGAGCCGGGCUGACGGCUGAAGCUGAGCGCCUGGAGCUCCGCGAGGUUUCACCGGGUCAACACGUAAACCCAGACCGCGGAGAGAAGUGCCGAGUCCGGUUCGACAAUAACACACCAGAGGAAGGUGUAACCGCUCACUGCUCCGGAGGGAACCAGAGUCCGGGUCAAACACGACAAACGUUCCGCUUCUUGUGCUCCUCGCCUCCCUGAGCAGGAAGAGGAGCAACGUGUGUGUUUACCUCAAAUACCAAACGCUUUGCUGUUGUUCACUUUUACCAGCUCUCUGACCUGUACUGGUUUUAUGAACUAAACCUGUGGGAACUACAGCAGGGAGCUGUUUUCUGUCCGGACGUCCUCAGGAGAGGACCGGGGGGCGGAGCCUGUCCCUGGGGGCGGAGCCUGUCCCGGCAGGCCGAGGGGUCAAAGGUCAAAUCUACCAGUAGGCAGGCUGACGUCAGUCUGCUGCUUCACAGUGAGGCAGGAGAACAACCACCUCCCAGAUGUUUAUCAAGGAAAUACCUCCCAAAUGCUCACAGAGGUCAUCAAGAUCAGAAAACAUCCAAGAAAUGUAGACAAAAUGUAAAAUCAGAAAAAUUCACUAAAUGUUCCAAAGUAUUCCUGAAAUAUCUGAAAUAAACAAAACGGCCACAAACAGCUAAAUUGAUCCAAAAGUUUUUUGAAAUGUGAGAAGAAAAUCAAUAAAAACCCCCAAAAUCAAGUAUCUCCCCCAAAAUAAAACGAUCAAAUGUUUUAUUAAAACCCACAAAAUGCCAUCAAGUGUCAGUGAGGUGUCUGUAGAUUUGAGGUAUAGGUUAAAAAAACUGAAAAGUAUUAGAAAAUGUCCAAAAAUCUGAAUGAAAUGGCCUCUACACAUGCUGACCCACAAAUAUCGUUACACAUGUCCAGUAGCUCCAGCUGCUGCUUCAGCAUCAGCCAUCAGUGAACAGACCGAUGCUUCUACAGGGGACUUCUGAACUGAGGGCGGGAUUCACUGAUUUCUUCUUGAUAGAAUUUAUUUUUUCAAUUCUUGGAAAAUGGUGGACCAAUCAGAGCUCAGACAUGCUGGAGUGGGCGGAGCCUCUGGUCCAGCAAAUAGACCCAAACCUGCCUGUUUUCUGCUGGAGUUCUGCCGGCUGGACUCGGACAGCUCGUCAGCACUUCAGCUGUUGUGUGUUCAUAUUCAUACAUUAAUGUCAUCUUGUGGUGUUUACAGUUAAUCUUUCAUUUUUACAGCACGUUUUGGUUUUUAACAGCUGGAUCGUUGCCCUUUUGUUGUGGUUUUUGGAGUUUCUUCUCCAGUGUGUUACAGAACCUUAUUAUUGCUGAUGUCCAUCCACUGAUUGCUGCCAGCAGAUCCACAGGAAACGUUAUCAGACUAAAGUUUACAUCUGUUCACAUGAGAUGGUAAUAAAAAGACAUAGAUUCCAAAUGAUGGUCGGCUGGGUUCAGGGUUUUGAUCUGGUGACUUCUCAUCAGUCCAACCUGGCACCCCGGCUGGGUGCAGGUCCCUCAGGCUGCAUGUGGCCACUGUGAGGCCGGACAGCAUGUAGGACAGCACGAAACAAGAACAAAUAUGAGCAUAAAAGGAAAAUGAAGCUAGUUUGGGACAUCAAAGCCCUGCAGAGAGUCACGUUGAUCCCCAACAAGCUCUGGAUGGUUGAGGUUUUACUUGUCAGAAGGUUUUUCUUAAAGGCUCCUGUUUGUGUUCAGGACUUGAGCAGAUUGAAGUCUGGACAGGAUGCUGAGCUUCUAUGUCAGCUUCCUGGAGAUGCUACCAUCUCAUUGGUCCGAGGAGGCCGCACACUCCCUGACCAGCACCCAUCGCUCCAGGGCCGAGUGGAGCUGAAGGAUCCCAACAUGAAGGACGGAGAUGCUUCUGUGUUCCUGAAGAACAUCAGCACCAAUGACUCCAGAACACACGAGUGUUGCUUUAACACGGACAAACCCAUCGGAAAAGCACCUGAGUGCAUCACCAGCAUUGAGCUGAGUGUCAACAGCUCAGGUCAGGGUGAAGGAACCAAGGAUGGAUCUGACCGAACAGCCAAAGUGUUCAGUGUUCUGGUCUGAGCUGUUGAACGGAUCAGCUGAUGUACGACAAGAAGACCUCAGACCUCUGAACACACUUUGGUCGAUGACUUCUGUCAUUUUAGAUGACAAUAGAUUCACUUUGUGUUUCUCUGCUUGAAUAAAAAACACAAAGACAA